AUUUAAAACACUCUCAUCUUUCAUAUUUUUACAUUACAUUCAUUUCCUCCUUUUCUUUUUUCACAUUUACAUGUUUAGGCAAACAUAUCAUAUGAUAUAUUUCUAGCUUCCAAAAUUUAGUACUUUAGAACCAAAAAAAUUAUUGCCAUUAAGAGAACCAAAAAAAAUAAAAAGAAAAGAAAAAUCACACAAAGCCAUUCUCUUUUGAAAGAGUUUUUUCAAAAUUUUCAACACCAAUGGCAGAUGAAAAGAAUCAAACAGUUUCUGUUGAAUCUCCACAAGAAGAAAGAAUGAAACUUCCAAACUUUCUUCUAUCAGUGAAACUCAAAUAUGUGAAACUUGGUUAUCAUUACUUAAUCUCAAAAGCUAUGUAUCUUUUUCUUAUACCACUUUUUGGAGCAGCUUCAGCUCAUUUAUCAACUAUAUCAUACCAUGAUGUUGUUCAUCUUUAUGAAAAUCUGAAAUUCAAUCUUGUAUCAGUAACUUUAUGUUCAAGUUUAAUGGUAUUUCUAGUGACCCUUUACUUCAUGAGUCGUCCAAGAGGUGUUUACUUGGUUGAUUUUGCAUGUUAUAAGCCAAAACAAGAUUACACAUGCACAAGAGAGAUUUUCAUGCAUAGGUCUGAGUUAACAGGUACUUUUUCUGAUGAGAAUUUAGCUUUUCAAAAGAAGAUUAUUGAGAGGUCUGGUUUAGGACAAAAGACUUAUUUGCCCCCAGCAAUUUUGAGUGUUCCACCAAAUCCUUGUAUGGCUGAAGCAAGGAAAGAAGCUGAGGAAGUUAUGUUUGGAGCUAUUGAUGAGCUUUUGGAGAAAACUGGUGUUAAGGCUAAGGAUAUUGGGAUUUUGAUUGUGAAUUGUAGUUUGUUUAAUCCUACACCAUCUUUAUCUGCUAUGAUUGUGAAUCAUUAUAAGUUAAGAGGGAAUAUUCAAAGUUAUAAUCUUGGUGGCAUGGGUUGUAGUGCUGGACUUAUCUCUAUUGACCUUGCUAAGCAGCUCUUACAGGUACAUCCAAACUCAUAUGCAUUGGUGGUAAGCAUGGAAAACAUAACACUGAACUGGUAUUUUGGCAACAACAGAUCAAUGUUAGUAUCAAACUGUCUUUUCAGAAUGGGUGGUUCAGCAAUUCUACUCUCCAACAAAACAUCAGACAGCAAAAGAGCAAAAUACCAACUGAUCCACACAGUAAGGACACACAAAGGUGCAGAUGACAAAUCAUACGGUUGUGUGUUUCAAGAAGAAGAUGACAAAAAAACAAUUGGUGUUUCACUAUCAAAAGACUUAAUGUCAGUUGCUGGAGAAGCUCUCAAAACCAACAUCACAACACUUGGUCCAUUAGUCCUUCCAAUGUCAGAACAGCUUCUUUUUUUUGCAACUUUGGUUGCAAGAAAAGUCUUCAAAAUGAAGAUUAAGCCAUAUAUUCCUGAUUUUAAACUUGCUUUUGAGCAUUUCUGUAUUCAUGCUGGUGGAAGAGCAGUGUUAGAUGAAUUGGAGAAAAAUCUUGAUCUUAGUGAUUGGCAUAUGGAACCAUCAAGAAUGACACUUUAUAGAUUUGGUAACACUUCUAGUAGUUCACUGUGGUAUGAAUUGGCUUAUGCUGAAUCUAAAGGAAGAAUUAGAAAAGGUGAUAGAACUUGGCAAAUUGCAUUUGGUUCUGGAUUUAAGUGUAAUAGUGCUGUGUGGCGUGCAUUGAGGACCGUUGAUCCUCUUCAGGAGAUAAAUCCUUGGAUGGAUGAGAUUCAUCAAUUUCCUGUUCAUGUGCCUAAAGUGGCAACUAUUACUUAGGUGUUUGUUUGGGGAAUUUUUACAUUUAAUCUUUUUUUUAGGAAGUGUGCAAAAAUAGAAGAAAAAGAUUAAUUACUUGAUAAAUUUUUAGUUUGCCAACUUGUUCUAGUGUGUUGAUGUUGAACAAGUGGAUAAUUAUUGUCCAAUUGAACAUUUAUUACAUGAUUUUUUCUUCUUCAUAAUUUUUAUCUAUAA